UGACGAAUUGGACUGCAUCGACAACCAAACGGACGAAGAGGGCACGUCCGCAGAGGACAGCACCUUCGGCAAACCCAGCAUCUUCGAGUGCGAAGUGGUCCUCAGCGAACAGGACCCUACUAAACAGGACUCUCGCCUCGAGGAUUCCACCGAACCUCAGCCUAAAAGACCCCGCGGGAACUCAAUCAGUCACGUGACCGGCAGCGACAACCCCUCGGAGGCGCACUCCACGCAACUGCCAGAAAUAUCCGACAGGUGGCGCUGCUCGCCCACCCGCGACGGAGAUCUCGAGGACGCGGACCUUUGCUUCUUCAAAAGCUUGUCUCCGGACCUGAAGAAAAUGACGCCGCGUCAGAAGAACCGAUUCAGGGUCUCUGUCUUGAAUUGUAUCGAUGAUGUUUUGUAUAAGGAUGUAAGGGAUGAGAAUUCCUUAGGUUCUUAUGAGUGUACUCCGAAAUUUUGAGGCGCUGGUCCUAGAAUCGUGUUUGGAUCCGUGAAUUCUAAAGUGCUUGACGAAAAAUCAUUCAGUAGUGACAAUUUGCGAUACCGUGGUCCGAGAAACAUGCCAUCAGCUCACCCACCGCGUUCUAAUCAUGGUGCUGGAUGGUGGCUCAUGGGACCAUUGGUACAUCAGCUUCUAAUAAAGCAUAGCACUCGUGCUACCGGUACCACAAAUCAUCAUCCAGAACCAUGUACCAUGAUUACUACCAUCGCUGUGAGUGAGGUUGUCAAGUGAUUUUCGGAAGACUGUACCUCUGUUUAUACCAACCUAACGUUCGGACGAUUUUUUCUAUUAAUCUAAGUGACUUAAUCAAUUUCAGAAAUUAAAGCACGAUUCUAUGAUCAGCGUAACUGUUACACGUUGAAACGGAUUUACACGACUUCUUUAACGGUCUUGCUCUCCCACCAUGUUUCUCUCCCCCCUGAAAAUUCCUUCUUAAUUAGUUUAAUAGUAGAGUCUGUUAGGUCUGUGCCAAAAACCACCCCCCAUGAUAUAAUUUUCCUCCCUACUCAGAUGGAAAUGAAAACUGAUACAAAUGAAUGCCUACUCGGAACUCGCAGUAAUGUUUUCUUUAUAAUCUCAUACAGAUAUCCUUUAAAAAUUGAAAAAGGAGAAAUAAAAUCUUCAUAACUAGAACUUGACAUCCAAAAACAAAAAGAGGAUUCUUCCAGAUAUUCUAACCUGCUGUUAUCCCGUCUCUUCUCUAAAAUUCGAUACCUUUUCUCUCAGAUUUUUAUUUUCAUUUUCCUCCACCGAAGAAACUUUUGACUACUCUUAUUUAUAAUUUGUACCAAUUACCUUUUAAGUUUAGAUAGUAAGUAAGUACUAAUUCCAAUUUCUCUAGCCAAGCGCCGCAGCGACUACAAUUUCUUUAUAUUGCUCUCCGAAUUUUUUCUUCGAAAUUGCCGUAGGCAAACGCCUAGAAGGCUAUUUGCCUUGAAAAGUUUACUUGGGUAUACUUUCCGGUUGACUGUUACAUCUAAUAUUAUCAACUAUGGUAUAUUCGUUACCUGUCAUUAACUUUUACUUUUUUCUUAGUCUGUAGUUAAAGCUUACUUUUUUAUAAACUCUGCGUUGAGUAUAUUGACGCACCACAGAACAAGGCAUCGUGAAACAACAGAAUGAGACACAUAUUCUACGAUUCAUUGAUCUCAGUAUUUAAACACUUCUUGAGUAAAACUUCAUUUUCCCUAACUCUUUUCAUUUUCAAAUUUUUUUUUCUGUUUUAAAGUGCGGUGAAUUCUAAAUGAAUUCUCUUUCUCGGCCCUCUUUAUCUAUUUUUCUUAAACUGUCAUGACGCCAGAACUUACGGAUUUGAGAUAUCAUAAGCUUUUGACAACAAAUAUCUCGCACAUGUAGUGCUUAAAUGUUUUCAUUUAAUUUUUGACACUCAUGUCGUGUGGUACAUUCCUUUGGUUUUGAAAAGCAGGGUGUUUAAAAGAUUUUUACCUUUCAGCUUUCUUUUCUCAAUAAUACCAUGUAUGUCGACAUUUAAAAGAAUUUGAAAAAUUAUUAUUUAGAAAUCAAGUACAAAUACAGUCCUCUAUUUUCAAGUUAAUGUUAAAUGUUUGUGAUAAUAGAAGUUAAGGCUAAUUGUAGUCAAAAUUACAUUACUUGUUUCUCAAUAUA